AUGUCUACAAAAUAUAAAAGUUAUACGGUUAAACAAAAGCUUGAAAUUAUUUCAAAAGCAAAAGAAACAUCUAAUAAAGCAGCAAUUGUUCAAUUACAACAAGAUAGUCUUGCAGUAAUAUUAUCUACAAUAAAGCUUAAAAUGAAAAGGCUUUUUAGAACUAGAUUUCAACAAGACUACUCUAAUGUUUUAGAAACUUUUGAAGCUUUAAAUUCUUGGUGCUAG